AUGACUCAACUUACCGUUGAUUGCCUUAGCGAUAUCUUUGAAUAUUUAGAAAAUGACAAAGAAACUUUAUACUCAUGCUUACUAGCAAACCGUCUUUGGUGUGAAUCAAGGGCCCUCUUACAUGAGAAUGGAAUUUCUAUCACGACUCCAACAUUGAACCCUCCAUUAUUUAAUUACUUAUCAUUCUGUAAAGUCUUAUCUAUUUGUACAAUUGACCAUAUAAUUCUAUUUAGUAUUAAACCUCCACAAAGAAUUUUAGCCAUACAAGAAAUAUUGAAAAUGAUUGUGAGAAUAUCUUCCUUGAAAAAAUUGGAUUGUAUAGUCACCGUCGAUAUCAGAGUUGAUUUAUCUCAUCUUUCUAGAGUGAUCGAUUGUUUGAAAGAUCUUUCGUUGUUAAAGAUUAAUUCGAACCUUGAUUUUAAACUUUUUUAUAUUUUGUCUCAAAAUUGUCAGAACAUAAAAUCAUUUGCAAUACAAUUUAAAAGUUGCGUUUUGAGAGGAUUGACAGAUUUAAUCUUUUCACAAAACAACUUGAUGCAUUUAUCUUUAAUGAGACUUAAUUCUAUUAGUAGUUUGUCAUCUCUUAUAACAAAAACAUUCAGACACCUUAAUCAGGUUAGAAAUCUAUGGAAACCACGAAUACUUGGACAGAUUUCUAGAAAUAAUGGGAAGAAUUUAAGGGAACUUUAUACUGACGAUGAUUCAUUAAAUUUGGCUAGUGCUAAAUUUUGUCUAAACCUUUUCUCAUUACUUACUGCAAAGUUUGUGAAUACCGAAGAACUAAAACUUAUUUUGGAUAAUUGUAGACAAUUAGAAAGUAUUCAAGUGUUUUAUCAUGUUGGAAAAGAAAGUUUGGAGGUUGUGACAAAAUAUUCACAGAAAAAUUUUAUGAAUUAA